AUGAAUGACAUAAAUCAGAAAUAUUUACUGAGAUUCCCUCCAUAUAGAUCACAAAGUUGGAUAGAAGAGAAUAGAAGCUUGGCGGCUGUAGAAGAAAGUUUAAACGACAUCACAUUUCAACCGAAGGGAUUGAUAAAAUAUUCUCAUGUUAAAGCCUAUGAAAUAAAGGCAAAUUCAGUUAGAAAGGAAAUUCGCAACGCUCUGUUCAGACAAGCUCUUUUUAAGAUUCAAAAUAUUGAAGUUUUAAGCUACAAAACAUGUAAAAGUGAUCGGUUGUUGCUAAGUGUGCAGAAAAACGCCAAACCUUUUAAACUUCCAGAAUUUAUAACAAAUAAUACAGGAAGGGGUCUGUUAUCUGAGGAAAUAUGGACUGUUGAUAGGUGUGGCGUCAAAAACAAAUACCGGGUAGCUUUUAAUUGUAAUAACGCUUGA